AUGAAAUCAGCCGAAGAUCGGGCCACCACUUCGGCCUCCGAUCUCCCUCGAAGAGACCUCGAGUCCGCCUUCAGCGCAGAACCCAAAUCGAAUAUCACAUCGCGGUGGGAUGACUUUUCGAAGUUCCACCCCUCCAAUAUUCUCGCACACCCCGACGGAGCAGUACCGAAAAUGUCGCAACAGGACUGGCUGGCUUAUGCGGAAGAUACAUGGCACAAUCUCAUAGUCGCGCUCACGCCGAGUUUCCUACAGCACUGGGUAGGUGGCGAGCCACCCAAAGAGUCCAAGCUUCAUGCGAUCGCUGCUCUAGAUGGGCUGCGCGGCUGGGCCUGCCUUCUGGUCUUCAACUUCCAUUUCCUAUUCACGUACACGUGGAAAGUCGCAAUCGGAUGGGGAUUUGCGGGCGAAAACUUCGGGAUUCAUCAGCUACCUAUCGUUCACAUGUUGAUAUCCGGUCAUAUCAUGGUGGCCAUCUUCUUUGUGCUUUCAGGCUACGUUCUGUCAUAUAAACCGCUCAAAACGAUCCGGAGCAGGUCCUUCGAUCAGACCUUCACUACGCUGGCAUCGGGGACCUUCCGUCGAGCAUUUCGCCUCUACAUACCUGCUCUUGCUGGCAUCUUUUGCGUCUUUGUGGCUGUCCGGCUGGGGCUGUACAAUUACUCUCAUGCCGUUAUCAAGGAAGGCCACACUAUUCUUGGAACCAAUGAACAGCACCCGCGUGUGUUUAAAUCGUUUUCGAAACAAAGUGACGAUUUGUGGGACACUGUGGCCACAUUAUUGAAUCCGUUCGAUUACGCACUGUACUAUAACUACUACAACCCGCACCUGUGGACCAUUCCUCUCGAGUUCCGUUCCUCGCUUAUCCUAUUCGUCGUCAUCAUCGGAACGUCGCGUCUGAUCGCAUCUGUACGCAUGACAUUAGUCUCUGGUCUGACUUGGUUCUGCAUGCGCUACGGGCGUUGGGAAAUCGUCUUGUUCUUGUUCGGCAUGUUGAUGGCCGAAGUGGAUCUCAUCCAUGGGACUUGGGAACAACCCGCAAGGCCAGCAGCGGACAAUGAAAAGACAUCCAUUCGCCUCGGCUCGAGCAAAACCACACUCAGAGUGUCUCGCCGAUGGCUAUGGAACUCCUUGUUUGUGGUUGGACUGUAUUUCGGCUCUUGUCCAAACAUCGGCUUCAAAUGGACUCCGUUCUACAGCUGGUUGUGGCACGUUACUCCAUACACAUAUCCCGAGCCCCAUCGCUUUGCUCAAACUAUCGGUGCGGCCAUCAUCGUUUUCUCCAUUAACCAUUCCCCGGACAUUCAGAAACUGUUCACCAACCCUCUUUCCCAAUACCUUGGGAAAAUCUCAUUUGCUUUCUAUGUAGUACAUGGCCCGGUCCUCCAUUGUUUGGGCUACGCCCUCAUGCCGAAUAUUUGGAACAUCACUGGCAAAGAAACGAAUUUUCAGUAUUGCCUUGGUUUCCUUAUUGGCUGGCUCAUUUGUCUCCCCAUCGCCAUCUGGCUGGGCGAUGUCUUCUGGCGAGCUGUGGACAUUCCAAGUGUCAAAUUUGCGCGCUCGCUUGAAGACCGUCUGAUAUCCAGAGAGCCGACACCGCGUCCUCCAACCCUUAUGGUCUCCCACGUGGACUGA